AUGGACAACCUGACAUUCAGAUACAACAUACUCUUAGUGGAGGGACUGAAAGUUACACCUCAGUCCAGCCAUCUUGCAUUCAUCCUUCUUUUGAUUGCUUACAUAUUUAUAAUGGUAGCUAACAUUGGGAUUUUGAUUCAGAUCUCAGCAGAAAAAAGUUUACACCAGCCCAUGCAUAUUCUUUACUGCAACCUGCCACUGACUGAUGUACUUGGCACAACUAUUAUUGUUCCACACUUGUUGAAGUAUAUUUUUAUAGAACCUUCUGAGCGCUACAUCACAUAUGUGGAGUGUGUUAUUCAAAUUUUCUUUGGACAUUUGAUUGGAACAACAUCCCACACUGUGCUGAUGAUCAUGGCCUUUGAUAGAUAUGUGGCUAUAUGUAAUCCAUUGCGAUAUCCAUCUAUAAUGACCCAUUCUAUGGUGGUUAAACUGUCAGCAGCAGCCUGGGGUGUUGCAAUUGUUCUGGUGGGAAUUAUGCUUGGCCUUACUGUGCGUCUGUCUCACUGCAGAUAUGUGAUUCAAAAUCCCUUUUGUGACAAUGCUUCACUGUUUAAACUUUCUUGUGAAAAUGUGGUUAUUAAUAAUGUUUAUGGAUUAACUUUUACUAUAGUUUUACUCACCUCCUCAUUGGGGAGUGUGGCAAUAACAUAUCUCAGGAUUGCAAUUGUAUGCUUUAAAAGCAAAAAUAAAGCCACAAACAGCAAGGCCAUAAAAACCUGCAGUACUCACUUGGCUUGUUAUGUAAUCAUGAUGGUCUCUGGAUUCACAACCAUUUUUCUCCAUCGUUUUCCUGAAUUAUCUGAUAGUCGGAAACUAUCUACUAUAUUAUUCCAUUUUGUACCUCCAUGCUUGAAUCCCAUAAUAUAUGGUCUGCAAGCCAAGGAAAUUAGGCAGAGGAUUUUUCAACUAUUUAAUAGAAAUAGAGUUAAUUCUUAG